AUGUUCUCGGGACUCAGAGUUGAAGGCUCCUCUCCCUACCGAACAGCUCCGCGCGCGGUCCCGCGAGAGAGCCCGGCGCAACUACUUUCUUUCCUUUUCUUUCUCUUUCUUUCUUCUUCUCUUUUUUUUUCCCCUGCUGGGUAGUGGCGGCGGCGGGGUGGGGGAGACUUUGAAUGACCGAGCUCGCGUCCACCUUUCUCUUCAUGUCGACGUCCCUGGAAACAGUCACACGGAUGCCAUGGUUACUUCUGCCACGCUCUUACAGGUGAACAAGGUGAUGUCCAUCUUGCUUUAUGUGAUAUUUCUCGCUUAUCUCCGUGGCAUCCAAGGGAACAACAUGGAUCAGAGGAGUUUGCCAGAAGACUCACUAAAUUCCCUGAUUAUUAAGCUGAUCCAGGCAGAUAUUUUGAAAAACAAGCUCUCCAAGCAGAUGGUGGACGUUAAGGAAAACUACCAGAGCACCCUGCCCAAAACAGAGGCCCCCCGAGUGCCAGAGCCGGGAGAGCCCGCCAAGUCGGAAUUCCAGUCGAUGAUUGCCAUGGACACCGAGCUGCUGCGGCAACAGAGACGCUACAACUCCCCUCGGGUCCUGCUGAGCGACAGCACGCCCUUGGAGCCCCCGCCCUUGUAUCUCAUGGAGGAUUACGUGGGCAACCCCGUGGUGGCGAACAGAACCUCGCGGCGGAAGAGGUACGCGGAGCACAAGAGUCACCGAGGGGAGUAUUCCGUAUGUGACAGCGAGAGUCUGUGGGUGACCGACAAGUCAUCGGCCAUCGAUAUUCGGGGACACCAGGUCACGGUGCUGGGGGAGAUUAAAACCGGCAACUCUCCCGUCAAACAAUACUUUUAUGAGACGAGAUGUAAAGAAGCCAGGCCUGUCAAAAACGGUUGCAGGGGGAUCGAUGACAAACACUGGAACUCUCAGUGCAAAACGUCGCAGACCUACGUCCGAGCACUGACGUCAGAGAACAAUAAACUUGUCGGCUGGCGGUGGAUACGGAUAGACACCUCCUGUGUGUGUGCCUUGUCGAGAAAAAUCGGAAGAACAUGAAUUGGCAUCUCUCCCCAUAUAUAAAUUAUUACUUUAAAUUAUAUGAUAUGCAUGUAGCAUAUAAAUGUUUAUAUUGUUUUUAUAUAUUAUAAGUUGACCUUUAUUUAUUAAACUUCAGCAACCCUACAGUAUAUAAGCUUUUUUCUCAAUAAAAUCAGUGUGCUUGCCU